AUGAACGGUGGAGAGAGCAACUGCGCAUCUACAGAUAGGCGUAUCAUCAAACUGGCAGAAGAGGAUAUCAACCGAAUUGCGGCAGGAGAAGUAAUUAUCCGUCCAUGCAACGCGUUAAAGGAGCUAAUUGAAAACAGCCUCGACGCGAACUCAAGGAAUAUAAGUGUGCACCUCAACAAGGGAGGGUUGAAGUCACUUCAAAUAAUAGACGAUGGAGAUGGCAUACAUAAGGAUGACCUCAAAAUUGUGUGCGAAAGAUUUACGACAAGCAAAAUAACCAACCAUAAAGAUAUUCGGUCGAUUAAAACCUUUGGAUUUCGAGGGGAAGCAUUAUCCUCCAUUUCGCACGUUUCCUACUUAACCAUAACAACGAAGAAGAGAGGAGCCCCUUUUUGUUACACGUGCUCCUAUAAGGAUGGAAAACCAACACAAGAGGAACCGACCAUCUGUUCAGGCAAAGAUGGAACCAUCAUACGUUUUGACGACUUAUUCUACAAUAUGAAUUCCAGACUAAGAGCGCUAAACCAUAAUGAUGAAUACAAUAAAUGUCUUGAGGUUCUGCAAAAGUAUGCUAUUCACUACCCCCAUGUUGCCUUCACGUGUAAGAAGUGGCUCAGUAACACCGUCGACUUGAGCACACAGGGGGUGGGGGAAGGUAUCGGUGGACUUGGGGGCAUAUACGUUAUCAAAGGAAAACGGAAGGAGUUAUUCCGAGAGUUGGCAACAAUGGAGGAGGAGACCCCCCAAGGACAGAUUGAUCUCCCACAUGAAGGAAACUCUCCACAAACAGGUACACACACCGAAACGAACAAGGAAACAUACACGUACACGGAGGUGGAGAAGAAAAUGCUUGAAGAAGAAAAAUACCUGGACACAAAUUACGAAAAAAAUUUAAACAAUGUAAGGUUAACCAUUCAAAAAAUAUAUGGAAGGAAUAUCUCCAAAGAGCUGAGUUGUAUUUUCAUCAAGGAAAAAAUCCCUACCUUUUUCAAGUGUUAUGGGUUGAUAAGUAACCCUACCUAUGGAGGGAAAAAGGCUAGUUACAUUUUUUUUAUAAAUGACCGUUUGGUCGAAUCAGGGAUAUUAAAAAGAAUGUGCGAAAAUCAAUAUGCUAACUUCCUUGCCAAGGGGAACUACCCCUGGGUUUACCUGUCCAUAAGGCUCAAGUACGACAUAGUCGAUAUAAAUGUGCAUCCAACCAAGAAGGAAGUACACUUCCUCUACCAGGAAGAGAUAGCCAUGCUGAUAUCAAAGCGGAUAGAAGAGUUCCUCAAGAAUUUUCACAACGCCAGAAGCUUCGGGGCUCCCACACUCAACAUGGUACAAACGACAUUCGACGUAUCCUCCAUGAAGGUAGAGCUGAAGAAGGAACCUCCUCUGCAGAAUGAAGGAAAAAAUUCUAUCGUCAACGACCGUGUACUGAACCCGGGAAAUGAAACGAAGAAGCAGAUAGAUACCAAGCGUGUUCGAACAGAUCACAGACAAAUUACGCUAACGAAUUACUUCGUGAAGAAGGAGGGCACGAAGAAGGAUGAGGACUCGGCAUUGGUGGUGUUCGAGGACAAGGAGUACGAAGUUCAAAAGUUGGAGGGACCAAAACCAGGUCUCUUCAACACCAACGUGGAUAAACAUGUAAGCAGUACCAAGUAUGACAGGUUGUACCCAUGUGAAUGUGAUGAUAUAAGUAGCAUAAGGAAGCUUAAAAGAAUAUGUGAAGAAAAGGAGAAAAAGGAAUUGACAGAAUGUUUGAAAAAUUCCAUAUACGUAGGAGCAGUGGAUAAUUUACACAGCCUCAUUCAGUACAAGGAUAAAUUACUCAUGAUCAAAAUGCCACUAAUUAUAAAGGAAAUAACUUACCAAUCGAUCCUCAACCGAAUUGGAAGAAUCCCUCCAUUCAAGUUCGACCCUCCAAUUCCCCUGUACGACUUGUUACUAGUCGCGAUGAAUAACUCUCAGUCAGGUUAUUUUGAAAAUCCAGAUUACGUGACCAAAAAUAUUGAAAGGAUAUGUAACGAGUUGGAACAAGUGUUUUACUCAUAUGAAGAAAUGUAUGCAGAUUAUUUUUCCAUCAUUAUUGAAGAUGGUUGUGUGUGUACUUUCCCUGCCUGUUGUGGGGAGUAUUUCCCUGGACAAGAGUUCCUCCCUCUCCUCUUCUUAAGACUCGCCACCCAGGUAGAUUAUGAGAACGAACUUAACUGCAUAAACGGCAUAUGUUACUUGAUAGCCAAUUUCUAUUCCAAAGUUACACUACUCGAUGAUAAGGAAUGGACAUUCCAGAACGAGUUACUCAUGUUGAAGGAGAAGGAAAUACAAAUGCUACAAGGUCAAGCGACCACAGAUGGGUCAGGAGAAGCAUCCCCGCUAGCCAACGACGACCAAACCUAUCACUUCGAAAAUAUCUUGGGGGACGAAACGGUUAUAGAUGUGAAUAGACAUCUCGCUGCUUCAAAAAAUAUAAACCUCGUUUUUGAGAAAUAUUUCUUUCCCAUGAUUCAGCUCAACACCAUCAUGAGGGUCCCUCGCACCUUCUCCACAAAUGGUUACAUUAUUGAGUUGACUUCCCUCAAUCAGCUGUACAAAAUAUUCGAACGCUGCUAG